AUGGAGAAGAUUAGAUGCAGACUGGGAUAUGAUUGCCUUUUUGUUGUUGAUCUGGUAGGGAGGAGUGGGGGUCUGGCUUUGUUUUGGAAGAAGUCUGCAAAGUUGGAAAUUUACAACUACUCUCGGUAUCACAUUCAGGCGGUAGUUAAGGAUAAUGAAGGAAACGAUUAUUGGAAACUUACAGGUUUCUAUGGCCACCCUAGUCGUGACAAAAGGGGAGAAUCCUGGUCUUUGCUCAAACACUUCAAAUUUUGUCCUCCUUUGCCGUGGUGUUGUGCUGGGGACUUUAAUAAAAUUUUGGAGCAAGCGGAGAAGGAUGGAUUGGGUCCUAGAUGUGAUUCUCAAAUGGCAGGAUUCAGGGAAGCUUUGGAGGAAUGUGGCUUGAGUGAUUUGGGUUUUGUUGGUCCUAGAUUCACUUGGAGCAAUCAUCAGACUGGUUAUUCUUUUCUUCAGGAGAGGCUGGAUCGGGCUUUGGGGGACCGAGAGUGGUGUCAGAUUUUUCCAAAUGUAACAGUUUCUGUUUUGGAGGCUAUCUGUUCUGAUCACAAUCCCAUCCUGGAUAGGCAGGAAGGGGAUUUUAUCUUGGGGAUUCAUCAUCGUUUAUCCUCUUGUCAAAGGGAGCUCAUUCGGUGGAGUAAGAGUAAAUUUGGAAAGGCUAAGGAAUUAUUGAACAAGAAGAAGGAACAACUUAUAGAACUUCAGAAAAGAUCCAAUUCAAGCUCUUUAGAAGAAACCAAAGCCCUCCAGGCAGAGAUCAACGAGAUUCUGGAGCGUGAAGAUUUGAGGUGGAAACAACGAGCUAAACAACAUUGGUAUUUGUUUGGGGAUAGAAAUACUCAAUUUUUUCACUCAUGGGCGAAUCAGAGAAGGAAAACGAAUACUAUCUGCAGUAUUACUGAUGCUGAAGGACGGAGUCCUUAUGGAAUUGAAGAGUGUCUUAGUUUCCUGGAUUGCAGAGUAACUGAUGAAAUGAACCAAUUUUUUUUAAGGCAUUUCACGGGGGAUAAGGUUAGGUGUGCCCUUUUCCAAAUGCACCCUUUAAAAUCUCCAGGUCCUGAUGGCUUUUCAGCUGGUUUUUAUCAACAGUCUUGGGGAGUGGUGGGUACGGAUGUUACUAGGGCUGUUCUUAAUGUUCUUAAUGGGGGACUCAUAGAAGCUGGAACAAAUUCUACAUAUAUAUGUCUUAUCCCUAAGGUGAAUUCUCCUUCAAAGGUUUCUGAUUAUAGACUGAUUAGCUUAUGGAAAAGAAGUUUCAUGGCCUUGAAACUUGAUAUGAGUAAGGCCUAUGAUAGGCUUGAAUGGGAUUUUGUGGAGGGUGUGCUUCGGAAGUUAGGAUUUGUGAAUAGAUGGAUUGCUCUCCUUAUGUCCUGUAUUCGGACUGUAACAUAUUAUAUCCUUAUAAACGGACAGCCCCAAGGUCAUGUAAUUCCUUCCCGAGGAAUUCGGCAAGGUGAUACUCUCUCUCCCUAUCUCUUUAUCCUUUGUGCAGAGGUGUUGAGUUCUUUGCUGCAGCAAUCGGCUAGGGAGGGUAUUAUUUCGGGAGUCCCUAUAUCCCGUGGAGGAACCAAAAUUCAUCACCUGCUUUUCGCUGACGAUAGUCCUCUCUUCUGCCGUGCCAACCUCAGGGAGUGGGGUCAUAUUCAAAUCCUUCUUGGGAAGUAUGAGGUGGCUUCGGGGCAGCAGUUAAACCGAGAAAAAACGACAAUCUUCUUUAGCCACAAUACUAAGGAGGAAGACAAGAGCAUUAUUACCCAAGGCUUGGGUGUCAGUUCCACUGCUCAAUAUGAGAAGUAUCUUGGUCUUCCAACCCUUAUUAGAAGAUCCAGAAUCUCAACUUUUAAUGGCAUUAAGGAAAGGAUUUGGAAUCGCAUCAAUGGGUGGAAGGAGAAGUUCUUGUCACAUGCGGGUAAAGAAAUUCUGAUUAAGUCUGUCAUUCAAGCCAUUCCUACGUACAUGAUAAGUGUCUUCAGGCUUCCCAAAACGCUGUGUCGUGAAAUAAAUGCUAUUAUAGAGAGAUUUUGGUGGGGGCAUAAAGAGAAGGAUUCAAAAAUUGCUUGGAUGGCUUGGAGUAGUUUAGGGAGAAACAAGUUGGAUGGAGGCCUAGGGGACAUUUUGGGCUCAUCUUUGGGUUUUCAUCCUUUAUAUGCUUGGAGGAGCAUUUGGGAGGCUAAACCACUCUUAAGGGAGGGUCUAAUGUGGAGGAUUGGUGAUGGUUCAAAUACAAAGAUCAGAGAUGAUAAAUGGAUACCCUCAACUCAAACACAUAUGAUUCAAGUUUAUGUGCAGAAUUUAAACCCAGAUGCUAAAGUUAGUGAGUUAAUAAAUUUUGAGACAAAUUGGUGGAACAUACCUUUCCUGGAGCAAAUUUUCCCGGCAGAAUUGGUUGAGCAGAUCUGUAACAUACCCAUUAGUCCCCGGCUGAUGAAGGAUAGUUGUUUCUUUGGCGAGUCUGUAAUGAUAUCCUUCCCAUCAAAGAGAAACUAUGGAAGAGGCGUAUUGUGGAGAACCCGCUUUGGUCUCUGUGUGGAACAGAACAGAACAGAAGUUAAGUCCAGUAUUCAUGCAGUUUGGCUCUGUGAUGCUGCUAAAUCAGUAUGGUCGGUAUGCCCGCCUCAGAUCCAAAAAUGUAUUUUUGGGGAUAUAGAGUUUUUGUCUCUUUUUGGUAACUUGAGUGCUAGGCUGGAAUUGGAAGAUCUUGAACUUUUUGCUAUGGUGGCCCAACGUAUCUGGUUUAGGCGCAAUAGGUAUGUCUUUGAUGGUGUUUUUAUCCCUCCCAGUUGUUUGAUCAAAGGUGCAAAAAAGGCUCUAAUUGAAUACAGGGAAGCUCAUGACUCAACGUUUCUAAAUAUUCAACAAAGACCUCCCCUUUUGUCCCACCAAUGGUCCAAGCCCCCUCAAGGGUCCUUUAAACUAAAUUGGGACGCUGCUCUGGACAGAAAACAAAAGUUGAUAAGGGUGGGGAUUGUUGCCCGAGAUUCUGAAGGAAAGGUGCUAGCGGCCAGAUGCUCCUACCAACGCUAUAUUUCGGAUUCUUCAGUGGCUGAGGCUUAUGGUGCUAAACUAUGUGCUGAAUUUGGCCUGUUUUUGGGGUUGCAGUCUGUGGUGUUAGAGGGGGACGCUCUGGAGGUGGGUAAGGCUCUAUCUAGGGUGGAUGAGGAUGCGGGUAAUUUCGGUAAUUUGAUAGGGGAAACUCCUAUUCUGCUGAGGAACUACGGCAGCUGGGCUGUUAAUCAUGUUAGAAGGGAAGGGAACAUGGUGUCUCAUAACUUAACCAAACUUGUUGUAUCCCAUCCACAGAACCAAGUUUGGUUUGACUCUUUCCCCUCUUGUUUGUCGGAACUUGUCAGCUCUGAGUUAUGUUUGUAA